AUGGCGGCCUCGGAGGCGGCGGCGGCGGCGGGGCCCGCGGCUCUGGCGGCGAGCGCUCCUGCCAUGCCGGCGGCCGCGAGGGGAGCCGCCGCCGCAGCCGCCUCGGGCCCGUGGGGCCUCCCGGGGGCCCCGGCUGAGGGGGAGCCGCCCGCGGCCCCCGCGCCGCCGCCCGGGGAGCUAAUCCAGCCGUCGGUCAGCGAGCUGUCCCGGGCUUUGCGGACCAACAUCCUGUGCACCGUGCGCGGCUGCGGCAAGAUCCUGCCCAACAGCCCGGCGCUCAACAUGCACCUGGUCAAGAGCCACCGGCUGCAGGAUGGCAUAGUAAAUCCAACAAUAAGAAAAGAUUUGAAAACUGUGCCAAAAUUCUACUGCUGUCCAAUUGAAGGAUGCCCUAGAGGCCCCGACAGACCGUUUUCUCAGUUCUCCCUCAUGAAACAGCACUUCAUGGAGAUGCAUGCCGAGAAGAAGCAUAAAUGCAGUAAGUGCAGCAACUCUUAUGGCACUGAGUGGGACCUGAAGAGACAUGCAGAGGACUGUGGGAAGACGUUCCAGUGCACAUGUGGCUGUCCCUACGCCAGCAGGACAGCACUGCAGUCCCACAUCUACCGGACUGGCCAUGAGAUCCCCGCAGAGCACAGGGAUCCACCUAGUAAGAAAAGGAAAAUGGAAAACUGUUUACAAAAGCAGAAGUUGUCCAAUAAGGCCAUUGAAUCACUGGGCAACCAACCUACUCCCACACUAGACUCUCAAGAACUAGAAACGUCAGAAAGCAAGCUCGCAGCCACUGUGGAAGACUCCUGUGGCUCCAGUGCCAAAAAGCAGACUCUGGCUUCUCCAAGAUACCCUCAGAAGUUGCUCUUACCGAAGCCCAAAGUGGCUCUGGUUAAACUCCCUGUGAUGCAGUUUUCCUCUGUGCCCGUCUUUGUGCCUACAGCCGACCCCUCAGCCCAGCCUGUGAUGUUAGGUGUGGAUCAGGGCUCUGGCACAGGGGCUGUGCACUUAGUGCCCCUGCCCGUGGGAACCCUCAUCCUCGGCCUGGACUCGGAGGCCUGCUCUCUUAAAGACAGCCUCCCGCUUUCAAAAAUCAUAAACCCUGUUGCUGUCGAGCCAGUCAGUACAGGUGUACAAGUGAACUUGGGCAAAGGUCCAUCCAGUCUUGUACAAGCACAGGGGGGCACAGGUCAGAAGAGCAGCCUGUGUUCAACCAAUGUGCCGUCAGACCUGUCUUACGCCUCCCACGGUGUCCUGCCUUCGGCACAGUGGGCUGGCCCCGACUCUGCCCUGUCCUCCUGUUCUCAGGCUGACUUGUCGUUUGAUGCUCAGGUGUCCCUUCCCAUCAGUGUUCACACCCAGACAUUUGUGCCCAGCUCCAAGAUGACCUCAUCCAUAGCUGCCCAGACAGAUGUGCUCCUGGACCCUUGCUUCCAGUCAGGUAGGGUCUCCCGAGAAACUCAGACCAGCAGGAUGCCGGUUCCCACAGAGGACUGUGUGCCGGUGAGUCACGCCCGGAUGUGUGGAGACAUCUUUGAGAGCGUCCAUUCGUCAUAGAGUGUCUCUGCAGACACCGUGAUGAGCAGCAGUCUGGAGGCAGAGUCAGUGACUCAGAGUUUGCUGCCCAAGGCUUUGAAUCCAGAGAUUGAGAAAUCGGCACCAAUGUUAAACUUCAGCACACAGAACACCACAGAUAAUCAGACCCAAACCAUAGAUCUGUUAAGUGACUUGGAAAACAUCUUGUCAAGUAACAUGCCUGGUCAGACAUUGGAUAAUCGCAGUCUUCUGCCCGACACGAAUCCGGGGCCUGACCCCCAGCUCCCAUCUGGCCCAAGCCAGAACCCCGGAAUAGAUUUUGAUAUUGAAGAGUUCUUCUCAGCCUCAAACAUCCGGACACAAACCAAAGAGAGUGGGCUGAGUACCAUGAACCCUGAGUCUGUCUUAGAGUCACUGGACAUCGAGACCCAAACGGACUUCUUCCUCACAGACACGUCUGCUGCGCCCUACAGCUGCAGGGCCAGUGCUAACUUCUUAGGCCUCGAGAUGUUUGACACGCAGACACAGACAGACUUCAACUUCUUGGACAGCGGCCCUCACCUGCCCCUGUCCUCCAUCCUGAAGCACUCCAGCUUCUCCAUGAGCACCGACUCUUUGGAUACGGAGACCCAGACUGAGAGCAGCUGCGCCACCAAGAACUCCCCUGCCCUGGAAGGCAAGGUCGAGUUGAACAGUGCAGAGACACAGACCAUGAGCUCUGGUUUUGAAACCCUGGGGAGCUUGUUCUUCACCAGCAACGAAACUCAGACAGCAAUGGAUGACUUUCUUCUGGCCGAUUUGGCCUGGAACACGAUGGAGUCUCAGUUCAGCUCUGUAGAGACCCAAACAUGUACUGAGCCACACGCAGUCUCCAACUUCUAAUAGAGGGGUUUGCCUGUGCCAUUUCCCCCUGGGGCUCCAAAGCUGGGCAUGGGGCGACAGUGUUAACUCUCUCGAGCACAGUGUUGAUUCAGUUGUUUGGUUCUUUGUGUGUGGCUCUUUGCCUUUUGUACGUGUAAACAUGAAAAUUGUGUAUAAAUGUGAGUGUAUUAUGAACUGUAAGAUGUUGACCUCAAAAGUCUGCUUUUGUGCUGUCUACAUGUGCUCUUUCACAACUAGUCUUUUCAUCUUCUGAAAGGAAAAUUAAUUUCACACCUGCAAAACCUCUACGGUCCUUUAGCUGAAGCCAAGCUUUCCAGCAACAAACUUCUCAAAGCUUCAAAUUCAGCCAAAGUUCACUGAUACUGCUCCUGAAAAGAUUGUUGAUGAUGCUUCCGUGGUCUGUGACUCCUCCGCCUUGAACCUCCGUCUGCUUUAACAUCUCGUCUCUGAAGACAACAAGGAAAACUACAACCGUCAUUCACUUUUGAAGCAGAUUUCCUGUAGUCAGUCGGUGCCAUCCCUGCUGUGUGUGAGCUGUUACCGAUAGCAACCGAGUGUGCAGCACCUCCCUUACAAAAGGUCUGUUACUGUCAAAACUCGCCUAAAGAAGAGCAAGAACUUAAUG